GCGACGCUCACCACCACAUUCCCCUUCCACGCCAUUCUUCAGUCCUCCUUCGCCGACAACGACCACAACAGUCACGCCGGCUACUUCAGGACGCCUUGACAUCUUCUCGCACCACACUCCCCCGUUUGAUCCGCGCGUGCGCGUAAUCUAGUUCAACUGCGAGCUCCUUCUCUUCACCCACCCCCCACCCCUCAACCCAAAAGUCCACGAUGGCGAUGCCAGGAGGAAUGCCCAUGGUGGUUAUGAACACCGGGCCUGAGCGCCAGCAGGGCCGCAAGGCGCAGACGGCCAACAUUGUCGCCGCCAAGACCGUCGCCGACGUGAUCCGGACAUGUCUCGGGCCCAAGGCCAUGCUCAAGAUGGUUCUUGACCCCAUGGGUGGCAUUUUGCUCACGAACGACGGCCACGCGAUCCUGCGCGAGAUCGAUGUCGCGCACCCCGCCGCCAAGUCGAUGAUCGAGCUGUCGCGCACGCAGGACGAGGAGGUCGGUGACGGCACAACGUCGGUCAUCAUUAUCGCCGGCGAGAUCCUCGCAUACUCGCUUCCCCUUCUCGAGCGCCACAUCCACCCCGUCGUCAUCAUCCGGGCGUUCAAGGGCGCUCUUGAGGAGGCGCUGGAGACGAUCAAGGCCGUUUCGGUGCCCGUUGACGUGUCGUCCGAGAAGGACAUGCUUGCGAUCAUCAAGACGUCGAUCGGCACCAAGUUCGUGUCCCGCUGGUCCGACCUCAUGUGCCACCUCGCCCUUGACGCUGUCAAGACCGUGGCCGUCACCGCAGAGGCUGAGAACGGACUCGUGGGUGCGGGUGUGGGAGGCAAGGAGCUCAACAUCAAGACGAUCGACAUUAAGCGCUACGCGCGUGUUGAGAAGGUGCCCGGUGGCGAGAUCGAGGAGUCGCGCGUGCUCAAGGGUGUCAUGGUCAACAAGGACGUGACGCACCCGAAGAUGCGCAGGCGGAUUGAGAACCCACGUAUCAUCCUACUUGACUGCCCCCUCGAGUACAAGAAGGGCGAGUCGCAGACCAACAUCGAAAUUUCCAAGGAGGAGGACUGGAACCGCAUUCUCCAGAUCGAGGAGGAGCAGAUCAAGGCUAUGUGCGACAAGAUUGCCGAGUUCAAGCCCGACAUUGUCUUCACUGAGAAGGGUGUGUCGGACCUGGCCCAGCACUACUUCCUCAAGGCCGACCCGCCCAUCACCGCCAUCCGCCGCGUGAGGAAAUCGGACAACAACCGUAUCGCGCGUGCGGUCGGCGCAACGAUCGUCAACCGUGUCGAGGACAUCCGCGACACCGACGUCGGCACAGGCUGCGGACUGUUCCACAUUGAGAAGCUCGGCGACGAGUACUUCACCUUCUUGGAGGAGUGUGUCUCGCCCAAGGCGUGCACGAUUCUGCUCCGCGGCCCAUCCAAGGACAUCCUCAACGAGAUCGACCGCAACCUUGCGGACGCGAUGAGCGUGGCGCGUAACGUCGUCUUCAACCCCAUCCUUGCCCCUGGCGGUGGAGCAACCGAGAUGGCCAUCAGCGUCGCCCUCGAGAACAAGGCCAAGACGCUUCCGGGUGUCGCUGGCGCGCCCUACAAGGCCAUUGCUGAUGCGCUCGAGGUCAUCCCCCGCACGCUCGUGCAGAACUGUGGUGGCAAUGCGAUCCGCGCUCUUACCGAGCUGCGCGCCAAGCACGCCGCCGGCGAGAACAUGUAUGGCAUCGACGGCGACACGGGCAAGGUCGUCGACAUGCGCAAGUACGGCCUGCUUGAGAGCGCAAGCGUCAAGAUCCAGACUCUCAAGACGGCCAUCGAAAGCGCAACGCUCCUCCUGCGCGUCGACGACAUCGUCUCGGCCCGCAGGCCUGACCAGCAGCGCGGCGCGGUCCAGACUAUGGGCGAGGGGCAGGCGGAGGACCUUCAGCCCGACGGACCGCAGAUGUAAGCGGCGCGCAGAUGUAGGCUGGGGAGAUCAUUGCAUUGCUGGUAUUCUCGUAUGCAGGUAUAGAGCGAAGCUGUCU